UCCCUCUUCUAGUAAGUAGAAUUCCGGAUCUUUCGCUCUCUGUGUUCGUUUCGACUGUUGUUUGCGCCUGCAUCCGCCAAAAUCCCAAUCUAGAGGGCAUUAAUUAGCUAAUAAGGAAGUGGAUAUGUCUGGAAUUAUUGGUCGAAGAAUGGCCAACAGAGGCAUUUCUGCUUUGAAUAUGAACCAGUUCUUGUUGAGAAGCAGGGUAUUUGCGUCUAGAAAAUUUUCUUCAGCAGCUAAAGAGAUGACUGUUCGUGAUGCUCUAAAUUCUGCUCUAGAUGAAGAAAUGUCUGCCGACCCUAAGGUCUUUAUAAUGGGAGAGGAGGUUGGUGAAUAUCAAGGAGCUUACAAGAUUUCGAAGGGGCUGUUGGAUAAAUAUGGUCCAGAGAGAGUUAUUGAUACACCAAUUACUGAGGCUGGAUUUACCGGAAUUGGAGUUGGUGCUGCUUACUAUGGUCUGAAGCCCAUUGUAGAAUUCAUGACUUUCAACUUUUCAAUGCAGGCAAUUGACCAUAUUAUCAACUCUGCUGCAAAAUCAAACUACAUGUCUGCCGGUCAGAUAUCAGUCCCCAUCGUCUUCAGGGGUCCUAAUGGUGCCGCAGCUGGAGUUGGUGCUCAACAUUCUCAAUGCUAUGCCGCAUGGUAUGGUGCAUGUCCUGGAUUGAAGGUGCUAGCUCCAUACUCUUCUGAAGAUGCUCGCGGCCUGCUAAAAGCUGCUAUCAGGGAUCCAGAUCCUGUUGUUUUUCUGGAAAAUGAACUGCUAUAUGGUGAGUCUUUUCCUGUUUCAGCUGAAUCUCUUGAUUCUAGCUUCUGUCUUCCCAUUGGAAAAGCUAAGAUAGAACGUGAAGGAAAGGAUGUCACUAUUACUGCUUUCUCAAAGAUGGUCGGUUAUGCUCUUAAGGCUGCUGAAAUUCUUGCAAAAGAAGGAAUUAGUGCUGAGGUCAUAAAUUUGCGCUCUAUCCGUCCACUUGAUAGACCCGCCAUUAAUGCGUCCGUGAGGAAAACCAACAGACUUGUAACUGUAGAAGAAGGGUUCCCACAACACGGUGUUGGAGCUGAGAUUAGUGCAUCUGUGGUGGAGGAAAGUUUUGAGUAUCUUGAUGCCCCAGUCGAGAGGAUAUCUGGGGCUGAUGUUCCUAUGCCAUAUGCAGCAAAUCUUGAAAGGAUGGCUGUCCCACAGGUUGAAGAUAUUGUUCGUGCAGCAAAGAGGGCAUGUUACAGAGCAGCAAAAUCAGUUCCAAUGGCUGCAACUGCCUAAGCUUGGUAGAAAGAAAGCCUACCAAGCCAGUCUUAAGCAUUUUAUUUCCUCUUUGUGGAUAUUGAUUGUUUAUCUGUCUGUGAGUGGAUGCUUCUGGCUAUACCAUCCCCUGAGAAGUUUAGUUUAACCAUGAAAAAGGAAGAAGAAGAAGAAGAAAAGCUAUAGUGAAACUAGAAUAGUUAGUGAUAUCUGAAAUAAAACUUGUAGAAAAUAAAUUUUGCCGGUUCUUUGCUCCUUUUCACUGGUGUUACCAAAUGUUAUGUAAGAUAAACAUAUACUUCUACUGGUAGAAGAGCAAGUAGUCGAUCUCAUUGCAUACUUCGUUGCUGAGUUUCAACUGCUGUUGGUAUUAAAUGGUUCACAAGAUCAAACUCUACGCUGACAUGUAUAAUUUGAUCUA